ACAAAAUACUUGGCCUCGUUAUUCAGUCGAUUACUGUUUUCUAUCUCAUCGGCGUUUACUGGAUAUGUUGGUCAAUAUAUAACUUGUAACGAAAGGUUUUCGUUUUUGUCACCGGAUGUGAGCUCACGUUCAACAAAAACAUCACUUGAGAACAUACAAGUUACAAUCGGCACGUCCGCAUUAAUUUUCAAGCUGCGGAUGGAGUGCGGAACUUAGAUAUUUACUGCUGCAGUGUCAGAAAUUUGUCUUACGAAUGGAGUUCUCCAUGCUAUUUAUUGCAAGCGUAUUUCUCUUUAUGAUCUCAGAUGCGCAAGUUUUUGUACUGACCCCAGUCAGUCCAAUUCAAGCUCAAGAUGGCGAUAACAUCACACUAUAUUGGGAAUAUCAUUCUGGCUUUCACACACUGAGUCUUGCUCAGUGGGGGACUAUGACCUCGGAAGGUACUUUGGAAACCAUCAUAGCUCAACAGCAUGGGAAUAAGCCAGUGGAGUAUCUGUCAUCGAAUUACAAAGGCCGAGUGUAUGUGACAAGCAAAGCCUCCCUUUCUUUCAUUGACGUUAAAGUGGAUGACACCGGGCGAUAUGGUUGUAAGUUGACGUUCGGAGACGCGACAAUUUCAAAUUCCACAAUACUGGAAGUAUCAGCGAGAACCAUUACAGAGGUAUCCCCCACAACUGAUGGUACUGCUGAUGACGACACUAUUAAUACGCAUCCAGUAUAUCUGGCCUUUGUUGCCGUGGUCCUGAUCCUAAUUAUACUAGUUGUUGUCUACUUUUUCCUCACGCGUAGAAAAAGAGGUGAGCUCGUACACCUUCCCUCGUAA